CAACACUUCACGAAAAUAAAUAGAGUCGAUUCCCCUCAAACAAACCAUGCAUUCUUAUUCUUCUUCUUCAGCUUUGCCUGUAACUUUAGUCUCAAAAACCAUGAUUUUCCCAGACCAAAAUUCAAGUCUCGGUGACCUCAAGCUCUCAGUUUCGGAUCUCCCCAUGUUGUCUUGCCAUUACAUCCAGAAAGGUUGUCUCUUUACUCGCCCUUCCAUCCCCACCGAUUCACUCAUUCCUCUCCUCAAACAAUCCCUCUCCAAAACACUUUCAUUUUUCCCUCCCCUCGCUGGCCGUCUUUACACUGACGAAAAAGGUUACAUUUACAUCACCUGCAACGACGCCGGCAUCGAAUUCCACCAUACAUCGUGUACGAAUUCGUUUAUCCGUGACAUCAUUGGUCCACUCCAUGUUCCGCAGUUGGUGAAGAGGCUCUUCUGUUUCGACAAGACGGUGAGUUACAAUGGUCAUCUUAAACCAAUCAUGGCCGUCCAAGUCACCGAGCUGGGCGACGGAAUCUUCAUCGGAUGCUCGGUUAACCAUGCGGUGACAGACGGUACGUCGUUCUGGAAUUUCUUCAACACCUUCGCUGAAAUUUGCAGAAGAAUUAGUGAUGAUAAUAAUUAUAACCAGAGCAUUGACAAAAUCAUGCGGCGACCGGAUUUUACUCGGGACUCGGUUCUGAUUUCGCCGGCGAUUUUACAAGUCCCGGAAGGAGGACCCAAAGUUACGUUCAACGAAAACGAGCCGUUAAGCGAGAGAAUUUUCAGUUUCAGCAGAGAAGCCAUUUUGGAAGUCAAAGCCAAAGUUAACAACAGCGACGUUAAUGGUGACUUUAACGCCGUUGAAAUUCUCGGGAAGCAAAGUAACGACAAGUACUGCACCGAGACGGGUCCGGUUUCGGGAACGGUGUUGUUUUCGUUGUUUCAGUCACUUUCGGCUCUCCUCUGGCGAGCUGUGACACGUGCGAGGAAGCUUCCGGCAUCCAAAACGACGACGUUUAGAAUGGCGGUGAAUUGCCGUCCCAGACUGAACCCGAAGCUGAACCCUUUGUAUUUCGGGAACGCGAUUCAAAGCAUUCCAACGUACGCGUCAGCGGGUGACGUCACGUCACAUGAUCUGCGCUGGUGUGCGAGGCAGUUGAACGAGAGCGUGAGGGCCCACGACGACAAAACGGUGCGCCGUUUUAUCGAUAACUGGGAGAAGGAUCCGCGGUGUUUCCCGUUGGGGAACUUCGACGGCGCAUCGAUGACGAUGGGGAGUUCGCCGAGGUUCCCGAUGUACGACAACGAUUUCGGUUGGGGACGGCCGUUAGCGGUCAGGAGCGGCGGCGCUAACAAAUUUGACGGCAAGAUCUCGGCUUUUCCGGGACGGGAAGGCAAUGGGAGCAUCGAUCUGGAAGUCGUUUUGGCGCCUGAAACUAUGGCCGCCAUUGAAUCUGAUGUUGAAUUCAUGCAAUAUGUAAUGAAUUAAUUUUCUGUAUUUUAAUGUCUUUUCCCCUCUUUUGUUGAAAUAGUCUUCUGCUUCGAAGUUUGAACCUUUUAAUCAGUAAUUUUUUCCCCAAAAAUGUUGAUAAACUUCGACAGAGAAGUUGCAGUGACAGACAAUGUUGAAAUAUUGGUCAAAUGA